UGGAUUUAUUCUCAAAUGGUUUAUGUGAAAAGCAGUAGGCUCCAAUUAAUAUUUUCAAGAGCUUUGAUUCAACUUGAUCAUGUCAUUGGAGCAGUAGGUCUAGUCGACACUAAAAUGGACCACAUGAUUCUGAUCAACAUGGUCAGAGAACAGGAGUAGCCAGAGCACAGUAAGACUCAGCCCUCCCCUAUGUGUGAGAGAGAAAGAGUGAGAAAGAGACAGCAAGCGAGCCCUGGGGAGCUCGUGCAUCAGAAGAGCAGCCUCCAGGAGCGAACCAGGGGUCUCACCGACUGAAGCCCCAGUAGUACCGGAGAGAAACGAAUACGUCACCGAGGGAGUCAACUCUUCCAAGGGUGAUGGUGGUGCCAUUUGAAGGACAGGGCUAUUCCUCCCUGCGUAAGAAGUGCCAGCAGCAUCGGGUCCUGUUUGAAGACUCUGUGUUUCCGGCUACAGACCAGUCUCUGUUCUACAAAACGAACAGCAUAGGAACCAUCACCUGGAAGAGACCUAAGGAGCUGUGUGAUAACCCCAAGUUGUUUGUGGAUGGUAUCAGUGCUCAUGACCUCCUCCAGGGCCAGCUGGGGAACUGUUGGUUCGUAGCGGCCUGCUCCUCCCUGGCAUCCAGAGAAACUCUGUGGCAAAAGAGGAUCACUGAGAAAACAGCUGCUGUUGGGUUGGAGAGCGUAUUUCACUCCAACGACAGAGCUGGCAGGAGAGCGCUAAACGGACCGGUCUGAUGAAGAGAUCUAAGCAUUUUCUGUUCAUUUCCCGGAUGAUUCUACAUGUUGAAGUGCGACUGUUAGUCGACAGCCAGAAGGUGGUCUACUGCACACAACCAACGUUCAUUAUGGUGAUCCCAGACCAUAAGGACCAGGAAUGGGAUGAGGACAAGCCAGAGUCUUACGCCGGAAUUUUCCACUUCCGCUUCUGGCGCUUUGGAGAAUGGGUGGAUGUUGUCAUUGACGACCGGUUGCCCACUUCGAACGGCAACUUGGUGUAUUGUCACUCCAAUGACAGCAACGAGUUCUGGAGCGCUCUGGCGGAGAAGGCCUACGCCAAGAUGUAUGGGUGUUACGAGGCAUUGGAUGGGGGAAACACAGCGGAUGCGUUGGUGGAUUUUACGGGUGGCGUCUCGGAGCCCUUGGACCUACUGGAGGAAGGGUUGAGUACGGACAAGGAGAAACGCUCAACGCUGUUCGACAGAGUCCUCAAGGUCCACAACAGAGGAGGCCUCAUCAGCGCCUCCAUACGGGCGGCCAGUUCAGCAGAGAUGGAGGCUCGUCUGGCCUGUGGUCUGGUGAAGGGUCAUGCCUACGCUGUGACAGACGUUAGAAAAGUCCGGCUGGGCCACGGCCUCAUGGCUUACUUCAAGUCAGACAAACUCACAAUGAUACGACUCCGAAACCCCUGGGGAGAGAAAGAGUGGAACGGUGCCUGGAGCGACAGCUCAGAGGAGUGGGGGAAGGUGAGUAAGAGUGAAAGAGAGAAGAUCGGAGUGAUUGUGCAGGACGAUGGAGAAUUUUGGAUGACAUUUGAUGACUUCUGUCAGUACUUCAGUGAUUUGAUCAUGUGUCGUCUGAUCAACACUUCCUACCUGUCUCUUCACAAGACCUGGGAGGAGGGCUCUCUAAAGGGCGCCUGGCGGAACCAUGACGACCCGCUCAGCAACCGCGCCGGGGGCUGCACCAAUAACAAACACACUUUUGUUCAGAACCCACAGUAUGUGUUCAACGUCAAGAAGCCAGAGGAUGAGGUGCUGGUAUGUCUACAGCAGACAGACAAGAGAGCCAGACCUAAAGAGGGGAAGGGAGAAAACCUGGCUAUAGGCUUCGAGAUACACCGGGUGGAGUUGAACAGGCAGUACCGUAUGCACACUCGGCAGCAGAAGGUGUGUGGGAGUGUGUACAUCAACUCCAGGUGUGUGUUCCUACGCUGUUCCCUGAAGGAGGGUCGUUACAUUGUCAUACCCACAACCUUUGAUCCCGCUCUGGAAGGAGACCUGUUGUUACGCAUCUUCACUGACGUCCCCGCCGACUGCAGAGAGUUAACCCUAGAUCAGCCAGCCCAGACGUGUUGGUCAGGACUGUGUGGCUUCCCUUCCCUGGUCACUCAGAUUCAUGUCCACAGAGCAGAUGGACUGGCUGGACAAGACUCUGACGGAGCGUCAGACCCAUAUGUGAUCAUUCGUUGUGAGGGGGAAAAGGUUCGUUCUCCGGUCUAUAAAAACACCCGCAGCCCAACCUUUGACACCAAGGCUCUAUUCUACAGGAAGAGAACUAACCAGCCUAUACUGAUAGAGGUGUAUAACCACAACGUGUUGAUGGAUUCCUUCCUGGGUCAGGUCAGUUUGACCUCUGACCCAGGCGACCCCCAGCAGGUUACCGUCCACCUGAGGGACAAGGGUAAUCACCAAGACAACGACCUCCCAGGCACGCUCACCGUCUCCAUGGUGACCAGCAACAUUCUCACUAACAUCUGACUAACCAUCAAUCAAUCACCAAUCUAUCAAUCAGUGCCUUACUCCCUCCGUCCAAUAUGAGAGAAGAGCGAAACAGGUGCCAGUAACAGAGUAUAUGAUUGGUCAAGAGGUCCCUUCUGUUUCCAUAUGUGCUGGAAUUGGCAGUAUACAUGAUUACACUGUUCAAUAUGAACAUCAUCACUAUAUGUACUGUAUAUACUAACUAUAUGUUUACAGUUUAUGUAUCUUUAAAGUUGUAUUGUUUUGCCAAAGAUUUGAUCAUAAAUAUCAAUUAAUUUGCCAUUAACCUUAUCUGAUGAGGGACCAAAGUUAGGAUUCCAGACUGUAUUGUGUUGGUUUUUACGGAGUGUAGUACUAGCCCUGGCCACAUGGGGGCAACAGAGGACAUUUAAUCUCCUAGUUCUCCUUUCUCAUCUAAUAACCACUUUACCUUGUGCAUUACAGAUAUAUAAAUACUUGUUGUGUAUUUCAGCUGUAUAUGUUGUCCUGUUUACAUUUAUUUACAUGGUUUAGUUUUACAUUUCAGUUGGCUUUGUACUAGUCUCUUUCAAGUAGCUGAGUUGGUUCUGGGUGCUGAGAGUAGUUACGGACAUUUUUAUUCUUUAGGGGAGACAUUGUUCAAGUUAUUUUUGUUAAUAACUUUAUAAUUAAACUUAAAAUAUAUAUAUAUAUAUUUCUGUCGGUUGCUCUACUUUUAUAUCAUGUUGAUUUUCCAGUGGGAGGCCCAAUACAGUAGACAGACUAGAUUCACUAGAGGAGAAGAGAGAUUAAGCUACAGUUUCUAGCCAACACUGUCACUCUUACAUUCGACUCUUUACUCAAACACUCAACUCCUCCCUUCAUUCCCUUCUUUCUCAUUCCCAUUGUACUCUUAUCAUGUUGUAUUACCUCCAGUUACUACAGUGCCAUGUAGAUCAUGUUUCAAAUCAUAUCACAUUUAUCUAUAACAUUCUCGUCAUCAUGAGGACUUCCUAACACUGUCAUAAGUGUCAUAAACAGUCAUAAUGCCAGUCUCUGUCAUGGUGGUGGGUCCUUGUUAGAGAAGGACUGGUUCAUCUGAGCAGGCUUGUUUCUUAUCUUUAUAAGUAAAGGUUUAUGAUAUUUUAAUGUACCGCAGGGUGAUUUAAAGGCUAUUUAAUGAUUUAGUGUUAUACUUCUCUGUUUAUUUCUCUUUAAACCUGUUGGCUGGUUUCAAUCAAAUGUAUACUGUAUUAAAUAGUUAAAACACUGUC